AUGGGAAUCUUAAACGGGCCUCGUCGUCUAGAAGACCUUUUUGUAAAUACUGAUGCUUUUCCAACCGAAUCUUUAUCGGUUCAGACUAAGACCGAAAGAUCGGUAUAUAAAUUGUUUAAAGCUGUGAGAGACGAGAAGUCGUUAAACACAAUUAAGCUUAACAGAGAAUCUCAUAUUGAAUAUAUAUCAGAUGGUUUAAAAGGAUUAAGUAAAUAUUUAGUAGUGUUGGAUGCUAGUAAACCUUGGUUAUGUUAUUGGAUGUUACAUUCUUUGGAUUUACUUGAUUAUGAAUUAUCUACGGGUUUGAUUAAAAGAGCUAUUUCAACCAUUUCAAAAUUGCAAAAUCCUACUGGAGGAUUUUGUGGGGGACCGGGUCAAAUAUCACACGUUGCUGUCACGUAUGCUGCUGUAAACGCGUUGGCGACUUCUGGAAUCAAAGAAGCUUAUGAUUUAAUCGAUAGGGAAAACCUUUAUAAAUGGUUUCUCAAACUAAAGAGAGACGAUGGAUCAUUUAUUAUGCAUGAAGGUGGCGAGGUUGAUGUGCGUGGAGCAUAUUGUGUUUUAUCUGUUGCCACACUAACGAAUUUGAUCACACCAGAGUUGACAGCGGGUACUGCUGAAUGGAUUAAACGGUGUCAAAAUUAUGACGGGGGAAUUGGAGGGGUACCGGGCAUUGAAGGGCAUGGUGGAUACGCGUUUUGUGGUCUUGCUGCCAUGGAGAUUAUGGGCAAAACUGAUUUACUUGAUAUUCCACUACUUUUGCGCUGGGCAUCAUCACUUCAAAUGCAAAUGGAAGGUGGAUUUCAGGGACGACCGAAUAAGUUAGUUGAUGGUUGUUAUUCUUUUUGGGUCGGUGCCUUGUUUCCUUUAUUGGAAGCAAUAUUGACAAAGCGUCAAUACGAGAAAGAUGUAGCAAAUUCAGAGGAUACGCAGUGCAUUUAUCGACCAUUAUUUGAAAGAGAGGCACUUCAAGAAUAUAUUUUGAUCGCUUGUCAAAGCCCUAAGGGCGGAUUGAUUGACAAGCCAGGACGUGGUGCAGAUCAUUAUCAUACUUGUUAUUGUCUUAGUGGUCUUUCUACCUCUCAACAUCAUGUAAUUUAUGAUUUUGAAAGGGCGAAAGGAGAAGACUUGGAUUCAGGUGCUAGGUCAUUACUGUGGGAGGAAGAAAUUACAAAUCGAGUGGUAGUAGGAGAUCCAGAUAAUUUAGUCAAACCCACGCAUCCGAUUCAUAAUGUUACAUUACCUAAUGUUCGGAAAAUGAUUGAACAUUUUUAUGGGAAAAGAGAAUUGUAA